GGGUCCGGGGCGGGCGGCAGGGCGGGCUGGGAGAUCUCCUCCCCCCACCACAUUGAGAAAUCUCAGUGAGUCACCGAGUGGUUCUGCAUAUUAAUGAGCUCGCUCUCGGAGAGGGCAGGAGCGAAUUUAAAAGAGGCCAGGGUGGGCGGAGGGAAGCUGUGGGGAGAUCGCAGCACCCAGCGCCAAGCGCAGCGCAGCAUCGCGACAGACGGCAGGAGCACCCAUCGACGGGCGCAGCUGGAGCGAGCCGAGCCGAGAGAGGCGUGCUCGAAAGCGAGAACCGAGCCGGGCGGCAUCCCCCGGCCGCCGCACGCACAGGCCGGCCGCCCUCCUCGCCUCCCUGCUCCCCACCGCGCCCCUCCGGCCAGCAUGAGGCUCCUGGCGGCCGCGCUGCUCCUGCUGCUCCUGGCGCUGUGCGCCUCGCGCGUGGACGGGUCCAAGUGUAAGUGUUCCCGGAAGGGGCCCAAGAUCCGCUACAGCGACGUGAAGAAGCUGGAAAUGAAGCCAAAGUACCCACACUGCGAGGAGAAGAUGGUUAUCAUUACCACCAAGAGCAUGUCCAGGUACCGGGGCCAGGAGCACUGCCUACAUCCUAAGUUGCAGAGCACCAAACGCUUCAUCAAAUGGUACAACGCCUGGAACGAGAAGCGCAGGGUCUACGAAGAAUAGGGCCGAUGAUGUUGGAAAGGAAAACUCCAGGCCAGUUGAGAGACUUCAGCAGAGGACUUUGCAGAUUAAAAUAAAAGCCCUUUCUUUCUCACAAGCAUAAGACAAAUUAUAUAUUGCUAUGAAGCUCUUCUUACCAGGGUCAGUUUUUACAUUUUAUAGCUGUGUGUGAAAGGCUUCCAGAUGUGAGCUCCAGCUCUCCUGUGCACCAGACUUCAUUACAAGUGGCUUUUUCUGCCGAAGGGAGGGGGGUUUACCGGGGAUGGGACCUCAAGCCUUUCUUUCCUUUUUAAAAUCAGGGGUUUUGUGUUUGUCCAUACGUCACCGCACAUCUGAGCUUUAUAAGCGCCUGGGAGGAACAAUGAGCGCAGUUGAGGCAAUUCACUGCACCGUUGUUCCAGUCCCGGCUUGCAAAGUGAAGCUUCCGCUCAGAGAGCCUGGCGCCUCUGCACAGCUGCCAUGGGCUCUCCUGGGCUUAUGACUGGUCAGAGUUUCAGUGUGACUCCACAGUGGCCCCUGUUGCAGGGCAAUUGGGAGCAGGUUCUUCUGCAUCUGUGCCUAGAGGAACUCAGUUUAGUUACCAGAAUGAGCUUCAUCCCCACCCACCCUUCACCCCCCCAGCUCAUUCCCCCUGUCAAGACCAGGCAAGUGAUCCUUAGAGGAGCUGGAUUUUUCUUGCAACCUGAGGGUUUCUGAAAAGGCCCACUGUGUCGGUAGAUGAUGUUUCUGAAGCAUUGAAAGUCCCCAGCAGUGUGAGAAAACUAUGUACGGGAGGAAAAGGGAAGAUUCAGGAUUAGAUACAGGACACUCAACCAGAGCAUCCUAUUGGCAAAGGGAAACCCACCAAGCUGUGUCUCUUUCCCUCACUCCAACAGAAAGCACAUUCCCCUCAGUGCAUAUGCAAACGGCACAGUCCUCUGAGUUAGGACGAGCCUGUGCCCUGCCCUCUGCUUUGUACAUAUUACCUUCCAUGUCCCCACCCCCCACUCCGCACACUGCCCCUCAGUAGAGGCUGCACUGUACGGCUGUGGAUCUGCUAUGUAAAUGCUGAGACCCAUGAGUGCUGCAUGCAGCUUUCAUGUUCUUUCUAAGGUGAAAAAAAAAAAGAAAGUAAUAAAAUAUAUUUGAAGUUACCAAAA